CGUCCGGCGUCGCCGCGCACCCACGCUCGUGCGCUCGGUACGCCACGUUACGUAACGCUAUUUACUCCGACAUCUGUUGAGUGCGCCACGGCCCAGCACGCGCGACACGCUUACACCGCUGACCAUCCCGCGCGCACUUGUCAUGUCAACAUUCGCGACCACCAGCGAUAUUAAAGCCGUCGUCAUGGCUACCACCACGCACCUGACCGGCUAUACGUAAACCAUGUAGACUUUCCGACUACCAUACUGCCAACAUAUUCCUGCCAAAUAAGUUUAAGACCUAAGUUUUAAAAUGUUUUUGAAUCGCUUGUUGCUUGUGAGUGGAACUUUUAUGAAGAACGACUAAGACUGAUGGUUAGAAUAUCAAAAACAUUCCUUCCAAACAUGUCAAACAUAACUUAAUGAGACUGCUAUUGCUGAGUUCACUGCCAUUUCUGCUUCACGAUCGCUUUCACUGCCAGCUGAACCUGCCACUAUCGCAUAAGUUAGGUUAGGUACUCUUUGUAUAAAGAGUUGAUUUAGUGUUGACCGUAGAUCCCAAUACGUCGCCAAGCUGCCGUCCGCGGAGUUACCGUUCGACAAUAAGUCGCUGUUCACCAAAAUUCGCGAUAACAUCAGCUCGUGGGUCUUGUGGUGGCGUCAACGCCAUCUUCGGAUGGGCGCACCGCAGACCCCGAAACAUAUUGAGGAUGACAGCGUGCCAAGAUUGGCCGUAGUCAAGGAGGUCCGCGACUCGCAGCAAGAUCGCAAGCUGGAGCGUAGACGUGGUGGUACGGGCCCGAGGCGCCGAGGCCUCGAGAAUGAGCUUGAAGGAGAACGACGAAGACCAAGACGAAAACCACGAAAGAGGUCGCUGCCGAAACUUUGCAGUCAAGAGGAAGAAACUGGACGGCCACCCCAAGGAGGAGUCGUUACAUUCGAACCAAUACAACACGAUCACGACUUUUGCGAGAGAGUAGUUAUAAAUGUGAGCGGCCUCAAAUUCGAAACCCAACUGCGUACACUUAACCAAUUCCCGGAAACACUGCUAGGAGACCCAACCAGGAGAAUACGAUAUUUUGAUCCAUUGCGGAACGAAUACUUCUUCGACAGAAACCGCCCAUCUUUCGACGCAAUUCUGUAUUACUAUCAAAGCGGGGGGCGCUUGCGCCGCCCCGUUAAUGUACCACUGGACGUCUUCUCCGAAGAAAUCAAAUUCUACGAGCUUGGAGAACAGGCCACCAACAAAUUUCGGGAGGAUGAGGGCUUCAUCAAGGAGGAAGAGAAACCCCUGCCCUCCAACGAACGUCAGCGCAAAAUCUGGCUGCUGUUCGAAUACCCCGAGAGCUCCCAGGCUGCCCGCGUAGUCGCCAUCAUCUCCGUAUUUGUCAUCCUUCUUUCCAUUGUCAUCUUCUGCCUGGAAACCCUCCCGGAAUUCAAACACUACAAGGUCUUCAACACCACCACCAACGGCACCAAGAUCGAGGAAGACGAGGUUCCCGACAUCACUGACCCGUUCUUCUUGAUCGAGACACUCUGUAUAAUCUGGUUCACCUUCGAGCUGAUAGUGCGAUUUUUAGCUUGUCCGAACAAGUUCAAUUUCUUUAGGGACGUGAUGAAUAUUAUAGACAUAAUAGCUAUUAUCCCUUACUUCAUCACUCUGGCCACUGUAGUAGCAGAAGAAGAAGACACCUUGAAUCUGCCUCGAGCCCCUGUGUCCCCGCAAGACAAGUCCACCAACCAAGCUAUGAGUCUCGCUAUUCUCCGCGUUAUUCGUCUCGUGCGAGUCUUCCGUAUCUUCAAGCUGUCUCGCCACUCCAAGGGUCUACAGAUCCUUGGACGUACACUCAAAGCGUCAAUGCGAGAACUUGGGCUUUUGAUAUUUUUCCUGUUCAUCGGAGUGGUCGUGUUCUCCAGUGCCGUUUUCUUUGCUGAUAAAGAUUGCCCCGAUACAAAUUUUUCCUCAAUACCCGAUGCGUUUUGGUGGGCUGUAAUUACGAUGACCACCGUCGGCUAUGGAGACAUGAGACCUGUUGGAGUUUGGGGCAAGAUUGUCGGUUCGCUUUGUGCUAUUGCCGGUGUGCUCACCAUUGCUCUGCCGGUACCCGUCAUCGUGUCCAACUUCAAUUACUUCUACCAUCGCGAGACCGACCAAGAGGAGAUGCAGUCGCAGAACUUCAACCACGUCACCAGCUGCCCGUACCUGCCCGGGACCAUGGGCGAGCCGUACUUGCUUUCAGGGCCGAUUCAGAAGAAGUCCUCCAUGAGCGAUGAUUCGUCCUCCGAUAUGAUGGAACUGGACGAGAAUGCGCUGGUGCCCGACCCUAACUUGGAGCAGAACCUGCGCUGUCUCAAGGAGGAAGAGAAGGUGCUGCUAGAGCAGCAAGCUGCCAUGGAAGCCGGCAAUGUGGAUGACAUCGCCGCGCUCGAACACCAGGACCUACUGCGUCUUAAUCAGCUGAAGCAGCACGAGCUGCAGAAGCAGCAGCAGCUGCAGGCACAGCGCCUGCUGCGCGCUGAGGGCGGCCAGGCUCAGCCAGCACGCCGGGAGCCGGCUCGCCGCCGCGCCGCGUGCACCGUGCGCGUCAACAACCUUCACGCCGCCGAAGCUAUUGAGACAGACGUCUGACCAUUAGAUAAGGCGUCGGGGCGCGAGGAGGCGCACGCACACGCAGUGUGGCGAGGCCGGCUGCCAGCGCGCUCGCCGCCGCCAUGCCACGUGUGACGCGCGCCCCGCCCCGCCGACACCGCCGACCCUGCAGAACUCACCGCCCGCCCCAUUAAGGUCCACUCCACUCUAUUACUCACGUUACGCCCCGACUUUUGAGUGUCAAAUGAACUCCUGAUAUUAUUACUAAGUGCUUCACUUGAGCGAAAGCAAAGCGACCCGUUAGGUAGAUAAUCAUAUAUUAGCGGCGAAGUGUUCUCGAGUACUAUGAUACUUCUUUUUUAAAUAAGCUUGUGCUGCGAACGCAACUCGCCGCGGACGCAGAUCCUUUGUAAAUAGUACUUACAAUACAUAUAAUAAACAGCUUAUACAGCUUGUCACUUUCUACAUUUCGACACACGUGUAAUAUUAGGAAUGGUUCUUCAUGACAAAUAAUCAAAAUAGGCCUAUAGAAGUACUCGUUUCGUUCGUGAGGAACGUUCUUGAGUGUCGCUUAUUGCUUAACCACUAGUUUGUAAAUAGUCAAACGGGGCGGGAGACGGCCAGCGCCGUCACCGCUACCACCGUUAAUAUAACAGGGAGCAGGGCGCGGGCCGUGCCGUUCGAACGGUUCUCGAGUCGCCAGACUCGCGGCGGGGCGGCCCCCGUACGCCCCACUCGGACUUACACUACACAGACAUGACACAUACCAUUGAAGCAGCGAACACCAUCUCCGCGCUGUUCGUUCGUUGUGGCCUAACGCUGGUAGGCCUUAAAUACUCCAUAAUCGAUCAAACUAUACGAGCCUGGCUCGAGCGUAGCCCGACACUUGAUAGAUCCACUGCGGGCGCUGCGCGCCGCGCGCCUGCGCCUGCGCAUGCCGCUGUAGGUUUGCCGUUCGCGCAGCUUGUCAUUAAUUCUACCAGGUUCUAAAUAUGAUACGUUUAGAGUUCGUUUCCGACGUCCAAUGCGCAGUCUCGGUAACAAACGCAUUUAGAUCGGGGUUGUGAGCUAAGUAUAUCAACCUCGUGCGAGCAGGAACGUAGUAGAAUAAGUUGUUUAUGUUGUAUGUCGUGUAACACACCCAGUAUAAUAUUCAAUAUCCCAGAGCAAUGCGUGCGAGCACUUCUCGCCGCGUACUCCUUACCUGCGUGUUUGUGGUGCAACAGCCUCGGAUUCCCUUUGAACUCGAUGUUACAGUUAAUAAAUGUUGUAGUUGUUAGUAUAUUCUAUGAGCCAGUGUAGUUACGCCCCAUGAGGAUCUCGUAUCAUCUUGUUGUUUUAGACGCGCCCCGUACCCGGCCGGCGGCAGUCGAGUGCGGCCCGUGCUAUUAUCACUGCCAAACGCUUGCGGGUGCGCUUUAUUGGUAUUUUGGUCGAUGUUCAUUAAUUAUAGGGUGGAUGGUUGUGAGGCGACGAUUGCCAGGCGGCUACAUAACCAGGGACAUUUGAAGCUAUUACAUUACGAAUAGCUUAGAAUGUUACCACUAAACAUAUCCGAUAAGACAUGAAUUUAUUACUUACUAUAUGUUGUUCGUCGUAAGUUAUUGUCCGCCGGCAGAUUGAUAUCGACAUCAAACUGUACACCUGACAACACGACACUAGUGUCACAAUAUAAAAAUAGUUCAACCGGAUGUAGGUAACUGUACCAUUCCGUCACAAUUAACCGACAGCCACCUAACGAAUGGACACUUGGAUACUGGUUGUUUAACAUAAACUUAUAAGUUGUAACACACCAGAGUACUUACACCUUCUGUAAACUUGUCAACAAUAAUAAAAAAUACAUCGAUAUAAGAGCUAAAUGCCAAAUCAAAUUCAGCUUCUUGUAAAAGAUAAACAUCAAAUCUGGGCUUUCACUUAGUAUCCAAAAAAUAUAAUAUCGAAGUAUUUCUGAAGUUCCACAAACAAUGGUGUCGGAUUGUUAGGAUAACUACGAACAAGUAAUAUACGACCAGCUCACCGCGUGAAUCAUCAAAACUAUCUUUUAGUUAAGCCGGGAUAUUUUCCUAAUAUUCUCCCUUUUUCUCUCCUCCCACCCUAGACGUGGUACUAACAAAUCUAGUGACAGAAUCGUUUCGGUCAACGCUCGCACGAGAGGAAACGAGACAGCGCACGCCGCCAUGUCAUUCUAUCUCAUGAGCUCGCUAACGAAACGAUUCUUUUGACAGAUUCGUUUGUACUUUGUCUAGGGGGGCUGGUGUCCUGAGCAAAGGGCAAACGAAUCCAUCAACAGAACCGUUAUCAUUAGCGAGCCCAUUAAAAAGAACAACACAUGGGACGUAGACACCUCACUUUUACUCAAUUCUGCACAGGUAUUAACCGAUCGUUAAUUCAUUUUCCAAUACGUUAAUGCAUAAAAAUGUCAAUUAAUCGUAUAAUUAAUCUUUUUUUUUUUCAAAUGAAAGCAUACGGCCUGGAUGAUGGGCGAUGCCAAUCUGCCAGCACAUAAUCGUUGUGUAAAUGGGAUUAGGAAUUUAAUGAUUACGUGCUAGAUUUAAAAUACAUCUUAAUAUUUUUCGUCAUAUCAUUAAUACACAUUUCAUAGCGUAUUACAUCUAGACAAAAGACAUGGUAUUUACGCUCUAUAUAUUAGAUUAGUGUAGGUAUAGCAUCUAAUUAGAAUUAAGUGCUGCCCCUUUACUGGGCAUAGAUUUUUUUGACGCUAAUUGUCCGAUCGUCAAUUUCGCGGGGCAGUGGCGACGCGGGAUUAUUGCAGAAAGCGAUUACAUUCUAUAGAAAAGGAAUAGAUUAUGUUGUAAACUAGUUCACACGUCGUGCAGUUACAAAUGAAAUGUCUUUGAAAUAUUUUAUUGUCCGAUAAUCAGUGGCGUGGCGGACGGUCCGCAGACGACGUGGCGCAGGAAGCCCCUACUUGUUAUUCUGAGCCCCUCAUUAGCAAUUUUUCGGGGGGUGUAAGGGCUUCAAUAGAAAGCUACGCCCCUGGUAGUACAUGUACUUGAAACGCAUAAUAGUGGUUGAAUACAGAUUCAAGAAUUCGAAUAACGGUUGCGCACUACUGCCCCUUGUCAACUGGAGCAUUCCUUACAAAAUGACUCUGGCACCAUCCUGUCAAGUUCGAUCGGUGUUAUUUACAUAUAUUACAGUCAUUGUUGUCGAUGUUAAUGUAGUGAAUGUUUGCGUGUUUAAAUUCAAUGGGACGUACUCGGUAUUUAGAUGAUAUUUGUUUGGUGUGAUGUGAAUCCCUUAUUACGGAUGCAUUCCUUAGUCGUAUCUUGAAAUAUAUCAACUGUUCAUCUACGUUACGUAUGUUAGUUCGCGAUAGCUUACACCGCUUAGGAGGAAGAGAGAGUUGACUUUCCCCAUUAUGCCGUUAAUGGGAUACAAGUAAAUUCAACUUUUGUUUGAUAAAAUAAUAAUCGAGUUUCUUGCCUGUUCAUCUGAAGUUCAGUUGAAAUUGCAUUCUGUACAGUACGGUAAUUAAAAUAAAAUCCUUUUUUAAGUAUAUUUAAAAUUAAAUUUACUCGAAUAACAAAUAAUUUUCUUUAUUUAUUUAUGCAGUAUUCACAUGCCAUGAAUUAUCUAUUGCCAUCUGCUUUAUAUUAGCCUUCAAACUUUUCUUUCAUAUUAAAUUUGACGCGCGUUUGACUACCAUCUCACCUGAAGUGAUAAUGAGAUCUGAAGUUUGCUACCAAUGUUAUUUAUCAAAGUAACUAAGUACCAUUUUUAAAAAUGUUGAACACAUAAUAAUAUUCAAUCUUCCUCUUAAGAGAAUAGGACGCAAAUCAAAGCAGUUUCAUAUUAAACAAGUUGCAUAGUAAGUAUACAAUUUUCUUUUCCGAGAAAAGCAAACCAUUCGUUCCAUGUGUGAGAGUCGCACAUUUGUAGGCGAAGCUCUGUCCACACACCACGAUUCUCGCCGAUACCGUUUACCUCUUGAUACGACACGAAAACAACUAUUUCUUUGAUCUGUCUGACAUAACAAUUUCAUAAUAGAUUUUAGAAAUGUCAAAGAGAAAUUAAAAUUGAUAAAAAAUCCUGUAAAAUACUGAUAAAUACUUAAUAUGCAAAUUGUUUAAUGGAAUGUAAUAUCUAAGCUAGUCUUUUCGCGGCAGAUAUUGCUUACAAUCUAGGCCUACCAUUUGUACCGUCCUAUAAAAAUAACACCCGUUCGAAAAGAUGACAUAUCUGUAAUUAGUUACGCUGAUUAAACUUAUUGUCAAAAUAUAAGCUUAAACCAAAUAUUGCCACUAACAUCAUUGCUGAGAACUCACUCAGUGAGUGCUGUAAAUCACUCCAAUGCAGUUGCAUUCAUGUCGUGAGCGUAAAUCUCAAAGCAGUGCUCACAAGUGCGUGUCUCGUACGAGUUGAAACAAACAUUGAAAGUGCAUAAGCAGUAAGCAUAAGUACUUCAGCAUAACUAAUGUUGAAUGCAGCAACAACAGACGACGGUACUGAGGAGCCGUGCAACAUACAUAACAAGGAAGUCGAGGCUGUUGCAACAAAACUAUUAGAUGUUUCAAUGUUACAAAGAUGUUACAAUGUAAUAAUUAUCUGUUUGACGUGUAGUGAUAAAAACAUGAUGUUACACAAUUUUUCGGUUCAUUAGCACACGGGACCCGUGACUAGUUGGCUAAUGUAAUACUGCGCAAUACUCAGUGCACACUGCUAUUAGCCCUCUUUCGAUUUACAGUACCCCCUAGACAAUGAAAUUACCCGUAGAUACGUCUUCGUUAAUUAGGUUUUGUUAUACUUGUAACGUGGUCGAGUAAUCUGAACCAAGUUAUGUUCAAUAUAAGGUCCAGACUAGUCUUUGAGCUCCCUAAAAUAUGGUUGAGCGUAAUAAUGAUAGGCACGUUCGUUAUAUUCGUGAACGGGUGCAACUUGUGGAGACUGGUCGUGUUUACACCUAAUAAUUGAUUAUUUAAUUUUAUUACUGUCAUUGUACACAUAUAAAUAUAAAAUUAUUUUCUACAUAAUUAAAAGAGUAACUGUUUAUUCAAAAAGUUGGUAGAAAAAGAGUUUCUCGUGAUUAUUGUUUCUUUUCAGGUUUUCUUUUUUGCGGGUAUUUUUCUCUUUUUAACAUUUCAAACCCGGCAUUAAAAUCUCAAAACGUGACGAUUUAGAAAAGCUUAUAAGCAAAUUUAUUUGAUUAAAGAUAUUUUUUAUUCUAUUUUAUUAGCACACACACUGAGAUAGAACAAAACACCAGACGUUGCUAUCUCAUGCAUACAGAAGCGAUAACAUGUCUAUUGGUAUAUCCGAUUUACAUUUUCUAGGGGGGAGUUUAAUCGAAAUCAUUAUCUCUUAUGUUAUAUCAAUGAAACUGAAUGUUUAUUCAUAGAUACAUGGGUCAAAAAGUUUUGGACCUCUCUCAACCAGCAACAGUGUCAAGUUAGCAUAAAAGGUGAUUAUAUCUUUUUUCCAUCCAUGUAUCUUUGAAAAAACCAUUCAGCUUAAGUUAGAUAGAACGCUGUCUGUUCUUUUAUUCAUUAUAUUGUUUUAUUAACUGAACAAAAAAAUAGAAAAUAUUGGUAUUAUUGUUGUGGUAACAUUCCCUAAUCUUAGCUUUGACAAUUCUAAUUUUAUAAGUUGAUGAUUUAGCAAAGUUAAAUUGAAAGUAUUCUCAACUCUAGUCUCUAGUAGAUCCACUAUUACUAGUUACUAUUAUAAUUUUAUAAUAGUUCAUACUGGUCUUUAGAAUCUGAUAUGAUGAUUUGACCAAAUUACAAAGCAACUGAGACUGUAACUAUCCGAUGUGAAAGCCAUCGGUAUUUCGUAGACUACAAUAGAUAGAAAGCAAUUUCUCAGACAUCACAACGCUCAGUGAGCUUAAGACUAGAGGAGAUAGUCCUUCCAGCAAUAAUUUCUCUGUGUUAAACUCAUAUUUUGUUUUUGGAGAUGGAGAAUAGCAUAUUUUAAUUCAUUACCAAGACUUAACAUUGCACGAUUACAACACACCUAAUUUUUAAUUUAAAAUUAACAAGGGAGUGAUACUUCUCAAUAAUACCAGCGUCAUAGAAAUAAAAAGAAGGUUGUCAAUGUCGACACGUAAUUUUAAUGUUUGUAUUAAAAUUGAUUUGUUUUCGUAGUUAUUUUUUCUAAAGAAUGAGCAGCAAUUCAGGUCGCUAAUAGAUAGAUUUAAAUUCAAACAGAUCCAGAUUACUUGCAGAGAAUUUUGCUCUUAAACACCUCCUGUUUUUCUGUUUAAAACUGCUUUUUACUAUCAUUGAAGAAAGAAAUUUAUCAAGCAAAAACACUGCGACCUCUGAGAUCUAUUAUGCUCGUUCUUUCUUACAGUUCGUUGCUAAUUCUUGUCAGUGACAGGAAUUUUAAAAAGCUCUUGGUAGCGAUGUUCUUUCCUUCCUAAGAAUAUAUAUAAAUUUUUAAAAAAUUCCUUAAUAUCAUUUGUCCAGUGGGUUGCAACAACAAAUGACGUGUUGAGACGUAUCUGCCUCAGUAUAACAAUGUGCAAACAUUUAUUGGGCUUAGGCCUAGUUUGGCCAAGUACUUGUUUAGUUUGCAUUGCCCAGAGAAGACCCUUGUUAAUGCACAAAUAUCGUUUUUCUUAAAAGCAUAAGCUUCUUUGAGUAAUUUUCUGAAGAUCCCUGAAUUAGAACUUCUUGUUUUAGAUGUCUGAGCUUUAAUACUCCUUGACAACCUUCUGUAUAUUUCUGUGAGAUUAAUAUUUUUUCAGCUUUUAUUAUCGAAAAUCUCAAGAAUCUGUACUUAUCAGAAUCUGACAGAUUUUUCAAUUAUCUAUUUAAAAACUUGUAUGCUAGUAGCAUGCCGUAUUGCGCGGUGUUACAAAAUUAUUGUUUUUAGAUUGAUUUAGUGUCUAUCUACAAUUAUUUUUCAAAUAACAAUGUGCGGUGGUCCAAAGACUUGUAUUAUCUUGAACCCAACGAAACUUCCUUAAUAAAAAAAGAUUACAAGACCAGGUAGGCAUCGUCUGUAGCAGAGCUGUCCAAAGCACGCAGCUUAUAUUCGUGCAUCUCGCGAUAUGUUCUUUAUCUACGAAAAAUCUCCUUUUAUAAAAUAAUUUUGGAUGAACAUUAUUUGUAUUUUUUUAAAAAAUUCAAAGUAUUUAUUUCCGCGACCCUCCAAUCUAUUUCAUAGUUUGUAUCAUCCUGAGAUCUUAAUUGGUUUGGACCGCUCUGAUCUAUAGUUUCAUUGCUAUUCAAUUUGCGAAAUAACCAAUGUAACUGACUUCACCAAAGCAUACGGUGACAGAAGCAGAAUCGGAAGUCAGCGACAAAUCUCGCAUAACAUCAACGAUCUCGAUGCCAACCUGUGUUUAGGCGUGACUACAUUCCCCUUAAUAGCUUGCGUAUCCCCGACUCCGAGAGUCAAACCCACACAAAUCCUUACACAUGAGAUGCAAGCUAUAAAUAUUUGUGAAUUACUCAUGUUGGCCAAAACUGUAGUUACGCCGCGUCUAUUAUGGUGUAUUAUAAUUUUCGCUCAGUAUUAUUAGUUGUUACAAUAUCGUUCGUUUGUGUGAUGUACUGGAGCGUGAUGAAUGUGCAGAAGUGUGGCAAGAGGUAGUACUUGUACAUACGGGCCCGGUGCAACCGUAGACUUUCAGUUCACUCCCACGACUCACACCGAAAAGCUCCGCUACACGAAACUAAAACUCUAUUCUGUUACCUGUAUUACAUUUUUUAAUAUCGUAGAUAGAUAAACCCACAUGGAUUUCGCUGAGGAAAUCACGUUUUCUAUUUACUUGAAUAUCAAUCUCGUAGUUAGGAUGGAGUUGGCAAAUUUAAAAUUUAUUAAGAAGUCUGAAAAUGUCCGUUAUGUAUAACAGACUGUAUUGAAUAUGGUCUCUAGUAACAACUGUAAACGGUAAUUUUAUCUGUAAAUUGAAUUCAAUUUGUUUUAAGAUUUAUAGUUAGGUGAUAUAACUGCAAACUUUAGCAUUGUGUGGUAUAUCUAAAUUUGUUUUAGAUAUAUAUUUUGCUUGUUUAAUCGGCUAGGAACGGUUGUGGACGUUGCGUUUGUAUGAAUUCUGAAACCUGCCAUGGGACCCGUCGUGUAUGUAGCGAUCCGUCGCCGCCUCGCUUUCUCGCUCUCACCUGCCCCUCGCUUGCCACGUACAGCUCUCGGUGCAUCGACCGCCUCUCUAGACACCUAACGUAGUUACAUUUAUAGCUUAACACUAACUCUAGGGAAGUUCCAUUUCAUACAACAGUGUACCGAGUGCUCUGCCGUGGUACGACCUUGUCCCCGUAGCUAAAUUACUUUGUUCACUUGCCCCCUCUCCGUCCAGUUUGAAGCGUGUUCAUUAAUUGAAUAUAUAUCACAAAUACAAUUGGAUAUUAAAUUAGCAUCGAUAUAUCUUUAAAUUGUCCAUUACAUUUUUUAUACAUUAAAAGUGUUUUUAUCGUGUAUUUAUACAGAUGUUUGUUUCGAGAAAAUUUCUAAAUUCAGAUUAUUGUUUUCAAUGCAAUUACGAAUCGUUUUUUCACAACAUAUUUUAAUGUAAAGCUAAGAUAGCUUUUUGGAUAUAUUUUCUAAAAGAAUUAAUCGAUAAGUCAUUUUUGUUAGUCAGAGGCGUUCAUUUUCUCCAAUGUCUUAUUAAAAUUAUUUAAAGACUGCCCCCUAAAUUGAAUUUGAACAACCGCGCCGCGGGUUGUUUGUUUUCAUAACACAGCUUCGUAAUAUUUGAGUUGUCACAAUGUUUUUAUUCAUAAAUCAUUGAAAACGUUCGCUGAAGUUUGCUAUGAGCUUACCUGUUACUUGACAUAGGUAUUGACACUUCGUAUUUAAUUUCAUCACGUAAUAUAAGGAGCGUAUUCUUUAGGUACAUACAUAAUUACAUAAUCCUCUUACGAUGAUAUUAAGAAUUUAUAAUAUUAAGAGCUUUUCGACUAGUAUACUUACAAAAAAAAAAUAUAAGGUCUUAUGAAAUAAUCUGAAUUUUUCGCGAAAAUUUAUUGUAUUUAAUAUCCAUCCAGUAUUAUUAGAUAAAUAGGUGUAAUGAUAAUGGCAUUUUCUAGCUCCUAAUAGUGUGUUAAUGUAAAAUAGGUUCACUAAUUGGCCAACAGAUUAUUCUUAAGUACAAAUAUUCCAAGCUGAUCUCUUAGUCCCACGGUCCCAUCGCUCGCGGACGUAGUGUAUUUAUAGUAUUAUUCGAAUGUUCCGUGCCCAAGUUCUGCUAUUUUAUUACAUUAUUAUUAUUUUACUACAUACACGAUACAGAAUUUCGACGAAAUAAUUUGCCACAUCGACGCUGAAAAGGCAAAUGUAUAUCAUUGAAUUCAGUUUGUUCUUUUUUCAAAAUUGGUGGCGCAUUAGCCAAGUCACAAAAUGGUCAAUCAAAGAUAUUUAUUUUAUUUACAUUCCACAACUUUUGUUUGUUCCAAACGUCGCCCAAAUAUAACUGUUUGACAUUUAAUAUACUACUAAUUAUCACAUUUUACGUUGUUGUUUUGGUCCUUUUUGCUUCCCUGUAAAAUCCAUUAAAUGUGUCUUGAUACAUUUUGCCUUCCCAACAAGGAUGACAUUUAGUACUUAUUUUUUUUUUGUUGUGUAUUAUGUUAUCUAAUUAGAACCGUUAGUUUAGCAACAACCAUUUCGUACUCUCAUUUACCUGGCAUUUAAUACGUUUUCCAUUCUGUAGCAUAUUAAAAUAAUGGUAUAUUUUUUUUAUAUAGAAAUUCAUAUACUGUAACAACAAUGGCAUUAUUUUUUGAGAUGACAUUAACAUUUUCAAUUAAUUAUAUGAUUUCUACUUUUCUAGCAAUUGUAGACCAAUUUUAAUUCAUUAUUUUUCUAAACAUAUUUAAUUUUCAAAAUUGAUGUUUACAGUUUUUUUUUUUUUUAAUAAGUCUAUUUAUUGCCACUUACAUUUUACAACUGAACAGUAUAAUCAGAUAUAUAAUUAGCGAAACAAAUACACAAUACAUUAUAUUAUUAUACAUGACUGGCAACAAACUAAAUUUUUGCUGCUGUAAACAUUUACAAAAAAAAAAUAAAAAAAAAAUAGCAGAAUUGGGACUCCAACGAAAUAAAUUAUUUGUGAUCGAAACAUUACAACUGCCCUCCCAUUAACUUAAUGCAUUAUAUUUUUAAAAUGUAUCAUAAUGAUACAUUUUAAAAAUACAGAAUAAACAUACAUAGAUAAAACACAUUUAUGUACUUAAUAACUAAACUAUGAAUUACAUAUUUCAGGUUCACGACAAAUAAUAAUUUAUUUUGUAUUACAUAUACCAUACGUUUCACUGACUUCGUUUCGCCGAAUUUAAAUAUACUCGUAUAAUAAAAUGCACGUUUCACAUUAUUGGUUUUUUUUUAAUUUAAAAAUCAAUAUUUUUUUUAACAAAAUCCAAUAUGUCUCUCCCCAAAAUAAAAUUAUAAGUUGCCUCAUGAAAAUGAGUUUUACUUUACUAAACACAAGAAACUGUUUACAAUGCAGCUGCUUACGUUAAAUAACAAAAAGAUUUUAAAGAUAUACAAAUGUAAUCCCUAAAGCGCGGUCAUACAGUCCGAAAUCCUAAUAACAUUUUUGUAAUGUUUCGAUUCCGAAUUAUUUAUUAACGGUACUAAGUGACCUCCAGGUGGGUCUGGACAGUUGUAGCGCAUUAUUUUUCCACAACAACUUAUAGCAUUGUUCACAUCAUUGUUAUAGUCAAUUCUGAAUUAAUUUGUCGUGGAAAACAUAAUGGAGUUUACACUGUACCUAAUACAGGGACCAGGAGCCGGAAUAGAUUUAGUGAUAAUAAAGGAUCAACUUUAAUACUGUUGAAUCGUGUACUCUACUGCCUUAUAUUAAGGUAGUCUUUACAUUGUAAUAGUUCUAACGCAGGACUAUUAUUAGUAUUCUAACUAAAAUGAAGGAAAAUAGACCGUUCUCACAUAUGAUUCGUCUUUGCAUAUUUUUGAAUGUAUCCGUCGUAUUUGACAGUUCGCGUGCAUUAAAUAUCAAUUUACAAUUCUUCGAUGUGUGAACAAGGCCUGGAUAGUUAAGUUUGUCAAUCAGAAUCAAUGCAAGAUAUUAUGAGCACAUUUAUAACUUACCCUAGAUCAGCACAAUAGCCAUAUCAUGUUUGUCUUCUUUUCAUUUAGGAGUUUCCUCUUGUCGGUGCAACUAAUUCGUGCAUCUUCUUCCAGCCAGCUCUAUCCCAGGCCAUAUCCUUGACCUCCCUAUACGACAUGACGCCUAGUGUUUCCUUUAUCUGUCCCAUGUAGUUAUUCCUCGGUCUUCCUCUUCCUCUUUUCCAUCAUAUUUAUAUGGAUUCUUUUUUUAUUUUACACCACGACGUCCUGGAUGUACACAGGAUGACAACCGAUACAUUUAUCCGUAUUAAUGCUUCUUCACUUGUGUGAAGUUUUACCACCUUUACGAGACACCUUUACGAUCCAAAAGUGCAAGAACAAUGUUUUAAGAAAAAAGAAACUAGAGUCGUCAUCGAGACAGAAAGAGCGCGACGGAGCGCAGUCUUGCCAUAUUAAAAAAAUAAUAUAAACUGUUACAAUUUGCGAACUGUACCAUAAGGCAGUACUGCGUAUAUUUUGCUCUUUUUCCAGUAAAUUUAUUGAUAUUAUGCCCUACUAUGGUAUAUUAUAAAAGUGCUCAAUUAUUGUUUAGAAAUGUUACUACAAGAUAAAAGCUGUCUUUAUAUAAAACUGAGCUGCUUGGAACGUAUAUCCCAUCCGUGUUUUUUGCCAUAAAGCAUCUGUUCUGGGAUGGCUGUGUUUUUUUGUAUCAUACUUAGAAUGUUUCGUAUUAAAUGGAUAUAAUGGUGAAAUUACAGAGUACGAAGGCGAAACACCAUAGUCUUAAUGGGGAUUUAGACCAUAUUAGGAAUACCAUGGUCGUUACUGUGUAGUUCGUAGUUUAUGUCCAUAGUCGCCUAUAGUCAUGAUCCAUGGUUAACUUUUACCAUCAAGUGGGCUGUCAACUUGUUUGUCAUUCUAAGUAUCUUAAAAAAAAUCAUAUCGAAAAUCUCUUCCAUACCUAGUGUACAUGGUAAAAUAUAAAUCAUUAGUAAACUUUUUAAGGACUUUACUACAAGUGAAAGUGGAAUAUCAAAAAGGAAGAGUUUAAAAACGACAGAAACUUGGGCCUCUCGAAAUAACAUGACGCUGUUAGCUGUAAAGUUAGUAUAGGAAUCUCAAAGUUAUUUGGUCUUUUUUUGACUAAUAUUUCUUCGAAAAUAAUAUCCAAUAUGUCCAAUAUAGAUUUCGAUACCACCUUUAUAGUUGAUCCAACUACCAAUCCCCAAGGUUUAUUUAAAGGGAAACAGUUAAAAGAAACAUAAUGAAUAAAUAGUACGUACACGACUUUCAUUGUUCAAGUUGAUCAUUUAUUACCUCGUGCACAAUUUAACGCUACGUAACCGCUGUACCAAAGUAGUUCACGAGGCGUGAAGGUUUCCGAAUUCAUCAAAUCGUACAUCCUUAAUAAUGAGAUCCAUAUUCAUAGUGAACAUUUAGUGAGGGAUCCCAUUCAUAGUGCUGUGUAAGUCGACAUUAUUAGUUUAUAAAUCACGAAUAAUUAUUUUUAAAUUUUAGAUAAUUAUAGUGAAUACGUGAUGAGUCGCUGGUGUAGUGUUCACUACGGUACCCGAAACAUAUUAUCUAACUAGCCAUUUUAAGCCAAAUUAACUGUUAAGGCGGCCAUUUUUUAUGUGUACAUUUUAUUCUGAUGCAUUUAUUUCAAUGUGAAAUGAGAAGUUAAUUGUGAAUGUGACGUUAUUAAAUUAAGUAUAAUCUAUUGUAAGUCAUAGUGAAUUUGUAACUGAUUACUUAUAUCGGUUUAACACAUAUUUAUGAUAAAACUAAUGACUCGUAUAGAGUCCUAUGGAGUCGAACCAACGCGACCGAAUUAAAUAAUUGUCGUUUAAUUAAGCAGAAUGUUGUCUCAAAUUAUGAAAAUGACUUACAAACAAUAGAGAAUGAUAAAAGUAAAUGUAAGAAUACAUUAUAUGUACGUUAAUUGAAAAAUAUCAAUAUUUAAACAUUACCUUUUUUACGCACUAAGUAAUUAAAAUAAUAACAUGUCAGUCAAGACAUCUAGAUAGAGUCUCCCUACAAAUGUUGUAAAAGUCACUGAUAAUUAACUUUAUUUAUUUAUAUUUACAUUUUAAUCAUAUUAUUUUUAUUUUAUUAAUUAAACAUUUGUGAAUUUAUAUCAAUUUAUUUGUUAACUUAUAUUUAUUAAUUAUUAUUUUAUAUAAUCGUUUCUUUUUUUCAAAAUGGCAUUCUUUUAAAAUUGUAAUAUUUUUUUUAUAGUAACUGAUGACAUAAUAGUAACAUCGUUUUAUUUAUUUGUACUAUUUUAUCUAUUUUUUGUGAAUGUAUUAUUAUUUAUUUUUUUUAUUUGUUCUUCAAGACUUGUACACAGUGACAAAAAAUGGAACAUUUAAAUUCACAAUAUCGCAAAAAUAACGGAUCAGCCAACCGCGUCACGCGAAUCUCAGUAAGUUGCGUGAGUCACUCGCUACCAGCGUAAUUCGUACUUUUUAAACUUUACUGUAUAGAGUUGAAAUAUUCCCUUUUUUAUUAUUAUUAGAAACACAUAAGAUAUUUAAUACGUAUUUAAAUUAUAAGAGAGUCGAUGGAGAAACACUUAUAAUUCAUUACAGUAUUAUAUUAUAAUUUCUUAUUAUAAUAUCUUGUAUACAUUCUAAGAUAUUAUAAUUCGUAAUUUAUUGCAUAUCUCGUGUAAAUAGCGUUACAUACUUUAUAUUGGUUAACUCCUUCAAGUAAUAAGUCUUCAGUAGCGAUACAUUAUUUAAAUGUAGUUGGAAGCUGUCACAUUUACAAUAUAAUAUAAUCAUAUAAUAUGAUUAUUGUAAUCAAGAUCACACCGUCUGAUCGUCAGAUUUGAAAAUAAAAUAAAAAAUGUGUACUGGCUGCAAUUGCGUUUUUGUAAAAAAAUAGCAUUUUGUACAUGAGAUUCACGUGACUUGGCAGUUGGCUAUUUGAGACGUUCUUUACACUCCAAUCUCUGUCUAGAUGUCUACAGUAUGUUGAGUUUAGUUGAACAGUGCUAUCUGUCUGGCACUUUUGAGUACUUGAAUUGGUGAAUGUUAAUAUUGUAGACGAAGUUGUAAACCACACUAUUUCUCCCUUUACACACACCGUAGGCAAUUUUGGAUACAGUACGCGAUGGAAUCAGAAUGUUGUUAUAUUGUAGAAGACAGGAAAGUAUUUCGAAUACUCCAGUGUGGGGCUCAAGAUUGUACUUCGUGUGAUAUAUAGAUAAUAUAUAUAUAUAUAAUUAUAUGUAGAUACACAUCACGUGGAUUUAGCAAACGUGUGUAAAGGAAGCAAGAAAGGCGACCAACAAAUGAAAUAGAAUUAGAUUGUGACGUGUCUAGAAGAGUGUUUAGUUCUUGUCGUUUUUGGCAGAUAGGUGUUCAGAAAAGAAGAAUUCGAUGCUGGAAAUUGUAAACUGUAUUAAUUGCCACUUUGACCGACGUUGAGUUAUUAAAGUAGUAUAUUUAUCAUUUGAUUUAGUUCUAUCUGCGUCGAAUGGGUAUAUUUAACAAAUAAGCCAAGUUGACGGCUUUACAGCCAAGUCAAAAAACCAACCGCAGAUAUUUUUUUUUUCGGUUUACAUUCCAUGACAUUCGGUUGUUUUCUAUUAUUUUUUAAAUUGUUAUCAAACAUGUAAAAAAUCCAUAGAUAUGAUAUUAACUGUUUUAAAACCUUAAAUCGUUCCUUUGGACUUUUUAUUUCGAAUUUUUAUUCUCUUUGUAGAAUCCACUCGGUGGCGAUUAAUACAUUUGUAUUAAAUAUACGUGCGCUUAUUGUAUUUGUCCAUAUCUGAGUGUUCAGUAACAAGUGUGUUGCCUUUCAACAAAUGCAGUGUUUACAAUCGUUAGUGUGGUUGCAAUGAAUUGUGUAUGAGAACAUGCAUUAGAACAUACUCGAAUGAAAUCGUUCCUAGGGUCCGUAGUAGCACUACAGACGGCGAAGUGUGGACUCGUUUGGUAAAACAUUGAUCCCGCUGCUAGUGGCAUAUUUAUACACUGUAAAUUGUUAACACAUUUUGCCAUAUAGUGUAAAUAAGAUUCCAUCACUACGGCUGGCGAUCAAUUGUGUUUCCGUUUUUUAAUGUGGUGAUUGCGUAGGUACUGCAUCAAAAAUGUAAUGAGAUUAUAUAGCUCUGCAUUAUUCAGAAAUAAUUACAGUUAUUAUAUUAUAAAUACAUAAUGAAUUGUGCUUGAAUGUGGGGCCGUGUUAUGGGAGCGUGCGACUGUGGUGCCACUUGUCCCCCAGUCGCUGUCGGUACGCCUUCCUCUAUAACACAGUAGAUGUUUAAACAUUCUGUAAACAUAGAUAGUUUGGACGUUAGACCCUACUUUUUGUUCUAUACUAGUUAUAUAUUGGCGUCGAUACUGAGGCACCAUUUCUCUGAUAUUAUCUUUAAAAUUUAAAUUUACAUUUGAUAUUACGGGAAAUCUACUCGUAUUAUAAGCAACAAUAUGGAUUAAAUUUCCAUGUAUUGCAAAUCUAAAUUAUUUGAAACUAUUUUCCACGGCGCAUGAAUCACUAAGUAUUCAAAUGGUAUUGUUUCUUUUUUUAUAUAAUUUUGUGUCAUUAUGCCGUAUAGGGAAGAGCACUGCUUAUCCUAAAGUACAGGAUUUACCUAUUUAGGGAGCAGGGUUUUACCUAUAUUUAAAAUGUAACAUUUAUUUUGAAAUAAAUUAUUAUUAUAAUGUGUUAAGACUGUUCCCAUGUACUAAAUUUGAUACAAAAUCGACAUAGCUGUUUCAGUGUGGUUCACAUCCAAAUAUCUUCCAUGUUUAUAAUGUUAAUAGGGUUUUGUUUAUGGAUGUACCAUAAAAUGGUACUUUUGCGAAAUUAUCAAACUAAAGUUGUGGUUUCAGAGAUAAUUUAAGAGAACGAUGUCGCAGUAUUGGCUCUAUUAUUAUUAUUAUUAUAGUAUUAUUUUAAUUUGUUAGUUUUAUGUUAUUAUUUAUCUAGUUUCAUGAUAAACAGCAUUUGUAAUAUUAGAGUUGUGUGUACUUACUAAUUAAAAACUUUAACGCACAUAGCUUUUCAGAUGUAGAUGUCACUUCCAUCGCUCAUGUUUUAGUGUUCCACGAUCAUUUACGUGGUAUCACUAAUACCUUAACUGUGAAAUGACUUUGGCAUAAUUAAGAUUAAAAAAAAAAACUGUAUUUUCAACUAUUUUCUUAUAUUGUAAAUUGUUUUUUUCUUUACACAAAAUGUUUGAUACAAAUUGCGUAUUUAAUGUUAUAAUUGUUUGAUAAAUUGUUUUUUUUUCCUUUGUUUUUUAUAUCUCGCGUCUAUGCGUCCAAACCAUUCGAACACAGUUUGCUUCAGAUUCCGAUUUCUAUUCUCCCAUGAUAGGUCAGGAGCUUUUUCCAAUUUGUAUACUUGAGUUAACAGUGCUAUGCUGUAAGAAUGAGUUUUUUUUCGUAUAAGUUGUAAAUCGAAAAAUUGUAUAAAUGAUUCAAUAAAGUGUAAUUGAUGUUUUA